AUGAAAUGUGAAAACAGGCAUACAAUAAACUCUAUGAACUCAAUGAAACAUACAAUUACAGAAAAUGAAAAUGAAAUAAAAUUUCUAAAAACAUCGUUACAGAAACUCGGAAAAGAAAAAGAAAAGGCGAAAACGCGCGCAAUAAAAUCUCAAGAAGAACUCGCCUCGUGCACAAACUGCGUAUCGAAAUUAGAGAAAGAACUCAGUGAAUUGCGUGAACAAAACAAACACCAGCAUGAAGCAUGGAUGAAAGACAAAAAGAACUUUGAUAUCCAUAUGAAAACGGCAAAUGAAGAAAUCGCCAAAAAUACAACCUUCAAGACGAACAUUGAAAAUAAGAUCUUCAAUCUUAAAAAGGAAGUUAAAACUGUGGUGGGAAACAUGUCCGAGUUCCUCACGAUUGCCAACAGAGUUGACAACAGUCAACUGAAUGGUGUGUCGAGUUGUAAAAAUUCUGUAAAACUAGUAACGCAAAAAAUGAAAACGCUAGAGGACGAAAUACAGAGGUUAGACGACAUGAUACACGAAACAAACAAUCGCUCACAGAAUAUACAACAACAAACACGACACGACAUGAAACAAUUCAACAACCUGUGUCACGAGUUACCGAAUCGAGGAAACUGA